AUGACAAAACAACCUCUAUCGACUAUCCUCGCCGGUCGAGCGCGGGAGGUGUGGCGAGAAUCCAUACGCCGGGCUAGGCAAGACAUCUUCGGCAGAAUCAAAGGUAUGCCUGGAGAAAAUGAAUGGUUAAAACCACUUAGAGGUAGAAGCAGGACUCGCUGGUAUUGGCCCAGCAAGUACCUGCACAUGGAUUUUACCUUGCAGCAUUAUCUUGCCAUGCAACUCAAACGUAUGGAGGCAAGAGAAGACCACCCGUCAAUAAAAAAGCUUUGGGAUACCGUUCGGAUCUUUGCAGCCAACAAGUCACAUAUAGAAAAAUUUAUGGAGACUGUCGAUCACGAGACUUUUACUAGGUCGGCUACACUACACGAUGCUCAAGCGCUGUUGACGAUGAUUGGGGAGAAAUCAGGUGGACAAGAACAAUUAAAUCCCGCCACAAAUGAAACACUUGAUGCUGAUCGGUUUAGACCGUUUGUACAAUACGCUCUAAGUCCGUUACGUGGUAUCCCCAGACAUUUGCAAGCCUCAAAUCUCAGAAAAAAUAACACCAAGCUCCGUCACAUGCUCGCUUCCGACGGCACCAUUACUAACCUCUGGACGGUUCGCAACCGUUUCGUAGAUGCGUUGUAUCUCAGGAGACGUGCAUAUUAUCUUGCUAAACUGAUGAGGAAAAAGCCCAUCAGCGAGACAAUACAAAAGUAUCGCAAACACUUCACUGUACACCCAGACCAAAAGGUUAUAUGGCCAGACAACAAAGGUAUAUCGCAACAUAGCUGGCCUUCGAGAUAA